CGCGUGACCCCCCCCCCCCCCCCCCCGCGGAGCUUCCCGAGCCUCCACAUCCCGAUCCAGCCGCAUUCCAGCUCCAGCCGAGAGAUUCCCGCCGGGAGCUUUUCCCUGCUGAUCCCCUCCCUCCCUCCCCGCGCCGGGAAUUCCCGGGGGCCGCUCCAAAGGGGAAAGGAAUCCAUCGGGAAUGCCGAGCAUGGAGCGCUUUUCCCUCCUCCUCCUCCUCCUCCUGUGCUGCUUCCUGACAUUCCCGGCGGGACGAGAAGAACCAGAUGAUGACCACGAACGUGUGGCUGAAGCAGGAAUGGAGCGACUACAAACUGCGCUGGGACCCGGCUGAGUACGACAACGUCACCUCCAUCCGGGUGCCCUCCGAGAUGAUCUGGAUCCCAGACCUCGUCCUCUACAACAACGCCGACGGCGAGUUCGCGGUGACGCACAUGACCAAGGCCCACCUGUUCUGGGACGGGCGGGUGCAGUGGGUGCCCCCCGCCAUCUACAAGAGCUCCUGCAGCAUCGACGUCACCUUCUUCCCCUUCGACCAGCAGAGCUGCAAGAUGAAGUUCGGCUCCUGGACCUACGACAAGGCCAAGAUCGACCUGGAGAACAUGGACCGCCAGGUGGACCUCAAGGACUACUGGGAGAGCGGCGAGUGGGCCAUCAUCGACGCCGUGGGCACCUACAACUCCAAGAAGUACGACUGCUGCUCCGAGAUCUACCCCGACAUCACCUUCUACUUCGUCAUCCGCCGCCUGCCGCUCUUCUACACCAUCAACCUCAUCGUGCCCUGCCUGCUCAUCUCCUGCCUCACCGUGCUCGUCUUCUACCUGCCCUCGGACUGCGGCGAGAAGAUCACGCUGUGCAUCUCCGUCCUGCUCUCCCUCACCGUCUUCCUGCUGCUCAUCACCGAGAUCAUCCCCUCCACCUCGCUCGUCAUCCCGCUCAUCGGCGAGUACCUGCUCUUCACCAUGAUCUUCGUCACGCUCUCCAUCGUCAUCACCGUCUUCGUGCUCAACGUGCACCACCGCUCGCCGCGCACGCACGCCGUGCCCCGCUGGGUCCGCGCCGUCUUCCUGGACUUCCUGCCCCGCUGGAUCCUCAUGGGGAGGCCGCCGGCGCUCCCGGCGCUGCCCGGCGAGGGCGGCGGGGGGGCCCACGACCCGCCCGGGGCGCGGCUCAGCGCGUCCCGCUGCUGGCUGGAGACCGACGUGGAUGACAAGUGGGACGAGGAGGAGGAGGAGGAGGAGGAGGAGGAAGAGGAGGAGAAGGAGCAUCCCGGCCGCGUUUCUCCCAAGGAAUCCCGCCCCCGGGCAGGGAAGGGGUCGGGGGGUUCCGUCCCCCGCGUGGCCCCCAAGGGGAACGAGGAGGAGAAGAAGGAAGAGGAGGAGGAGGAGGAGGAGGAGGAGGAGGAGGAGGAGGAGGAUGAAGGGGCGGGGCGGGCGCUGGCGCUGUCGCCGCGGCUGCUGCGGGCGCUGGAGGGGGUGCAGUACAUCGCCGACCACCUGCGCGCCGAGGACGCCGACGGAUCCGUGAAGGAGGACUGGAAGUACGUUGCCAUGGUGAUCGACCGCAUCUUCCUCUGGAUCUUCAUCAUCGUCUGCCUGCUGGGAACCGCCGGGCUCUUCCUGCCGCCCUACCUGGCGGGAAUGAUCUAGGAAUUCCCUGGGAAUGCCGGGAAUGGGCUAGGGAUGCUCUGGGAAUGGUCUGGGGAUGCGCUGGGGAUGGCGGGAAUGGUCUAGGGAUGCCCUGGGAAUGGCGGGAAUGGUCUAGGGAUGCUCUGGGAAUGGUGGGAAUGGUCUAGGGAUGCCCUGGGAAUGGCGGGAAUGGUCUAGGGAUGCUCUGGGAAUGGUGGGAAUGGUCUAGGGAUGCCCUGGGAAUGGCGGGAAUGGUCUAGGGAUGCCCUGGGAAUGGCGGGAAUGGUCUAGGGAUGCUCUGGGAAUGGUCUAGGGAGCCCCUGGGAAUGGUCUAGGGAUGCCCUGGAAAUGGCAGGAAUGGUCUAGGGAUCUCCUGGGAAUGGUCUAGGGAUGCUCUGGGAAUGGUCUAGGGAGCCCCUGGGAAUGGCAGGAAUGGUCUAGGGAUCUCCUGGGAAUGGCGGGAAUGGUCUAGGGAUGCCCUGGGAAUGGUGGGAAUGGUCUAGGGAGCCCCAGGGAAUGGUCUAGGGAUGCCCUGGGAAUGGGGGAAUGAUCUAGGAAUCCCCUGGGAAUGUCAGGAAUGAUCUAGGGAUCUCCUGGGAAUGGUCUAGGGAUGCUCUGGGAAUGGCGGGAAUGGUCUAGGAAUUCCCUGUGAAUGGCGGGAAUGGUCCAGGGAUGCUCUGGGAAUGGACUAGGGAUCCCCUGGGAAUGGCAGGAAUGAUCUAGGGAUGCUCUGGGAAUGGCGGGAAUGGUCUAGGGAUCCCCUGGGAAUGGUGGGAAUGAUCUAAGGAUGCCCUGGGAAUGGCAGGAAUGAUCUAGGGAUGCUCUGGGAAUGGCAGGAAUGGUCUAGGGAGCCCCUGGGAACGGCAGGAAUGAUCUAGGGAUUCCCUGGGAAUGGUAGGAAUGGUCUAGGGAUCUCCUGGGAAUGGUCUAGGGAUGCUCUGGGAAUGGUGGGAAUUGGUCUAGGGAUCUCCGGGG